GAGACUCUAUCAUUUACAAGUGACAAUAGUUAAAUUCAACUAUGGAAAUGCGAAAUUUUUAAAUUAAUACAAUUAUCAAUACAUUUCUAUUAUAGAAUUGUUGUAGAGGUAGUUUAUAUUUGUGCUUUCAGUUGAAAUUGUGAUGUGGUGCGUGUGAACAAAUUGGAGUAUCUAUAGCCUUUUCAUGUAAAAUGUCGUUACACUCGACGAUUCAGUAUUUAACCAAAAAAAAUUUGCUGAGAAAUAGGUGAAAAGAUGGAAGAUGAUGCUGAUCUCAGGGAACAAUUAUUCCACAAUACUGUCCGAGAAAAUAUUAUAUUUCUCCUUCUGUUUCUUUUGUUGUACAUCUCCAGUUACGCUUUCAUCGCCAGAUUCAGACGUACAGAUCGAGAAGACUAUUUUUCAGUAGAUGAAGAUGAGGCGACAGUUUAUAGAAUUAGCCUAUGGCUAUGCACUGUUGCCCUAGCAGUGUCAGUUGGUGCAACAUUACUUUUACCAGUUUCAAUCGCCAGUAAUGAAGUUCUCAUACUUUAUCCAAAUAGUUACUAUGUUAAAUGGCUCAAUAGCUCUCUUAUACAAGGCCUCUGGAAUCAUGUAUUCCUAUUCUCGAACCUCUCUCUGUUCGUCUUUCUACCGUUCGCAUAUCUUUUUACGGAAUCUGAAGGAUUUGUUGGAUAUAAAAAGGGAGUUAUGGCCAGAGUUUAUGAGACCGUGACAGUAUUAUGCCUGCUCGGAACUCUAGUUCUCGGUAUGACAUAUGUGUUAUCGGCACUCAUUGAUUAUCAACAAUCGAGUCUCCACACAUUACUCAAUUUAUGGAGUUACUAUUUACCCUUUUUAUAUUCUUGUGUAUCAUUCGUCGGAGUUGUCAUGUUGUUACUGUGUACACCAGUGGGAUUUGUACGACUUUUUGGUGUUGUUGGAUCCUGUCUUGUUAAGCCACAAUUCUUGAAAAAUUUAGAUGAAGAAUUCUUUGCCUAUCGACUGGAGGAAGACUGCAUAAAAAGACGCCUUGAACAUGCACAAGCUACGGGAAAAUCCUACGUUUCACCAAUGCCAAUGUCACCACCAUCGUGCAACAGUGUACCUGACGAUGAUGAACAACUUCUUGUUUCAAAUCCAAGUUUAAUGUGCCUCAAGAAUGGGGCUCUUCAACGUGGCCUUAUCCAAAGACUAAACGAUGUACAGAAACAUAGUAAAAUACUUGAUAAGCAGAGAAGAACUUGGUGGGUUAGACGAACUCUUGUUUAUCCAUUGGCGAUGCUGGCUCUCUUGAUCCUGUCAACCACAACUGCCCUCUUAGCAGUGCAAAACACACUGGAAUUGCUCAUUGGAAUUAAAGCACUUCCAUUGAGUACAAGGCAAUUUACGCUGGGAAUCAGUUCGCUGUCAAAACUCGGACCAAUUGGUGCUGCAGUUGAGGUAGUUGUAAUACUAUACUUGGCGGCCACAAGUGCCAUUGGCCUCUACGGACUUCCCGGCGUGAGAAGAGUUAGGCCACGUAUUCAUUCAACACCUCUUACUCAUCUUAUUGCUAAUUGUGCCCUUCUGUUGGUUCUCAGCUCAGCCUUACCGCUUUUAUCCCGUAUAUUAGGAAUGACAAAUUUUGAUUUAUUGGGUGACUUUGGACGCAUUGAGUGGCUUGGUAAUUUCAAACUCGUUUUAUUUUACAAUCUUAUAUUUGCAAUAGCUGCUAUUGCAUGCCUUGCCACCAAAUUUACGGCGACUGUGAGGAAGGAAAUUUACACGAGACUCCGUACCAGCAUAAUUGGUAUAUUUAGGUUGGAUGGUAAAAGAAGUCAAACGGGGCCAUUCUCUAAUAAAGAAGACUAGACUGAUAUUACAAUUAUAAGAAGAUGAUCGUUUAAAAAAAAUAAUAAAAAAAUAAAUAAAUGAAAGAAUAGGAAAAUGCAAAGAACGAUCAUUUCAUUGCAACUAGUUUAAUAUGCAUCUUGAAUUGAGACAAAAAAAAUAGUGAGAAUGACUAUAUCCACCAGGGAAUUGGUAUUAGAUAAAAUUACUAGAGAUGUUGAAAGUGAAGAGAUAAUUACUCCAACGUAUUCAUAAUUUUCUCAUUCUUCAUUGUAGAUAGGUAUUAUUUGAAACCACAUACUUGCUUCCCAUUUGAGAAACAUGUGAACGUUAUAGCGUGAUAUAUCUUGUGAUAAAAGUGUGUGCAUGUAAUUCAAAUUGGAUACAUGUAUUUUUAUUUCAAGUGUGUCAGAAGUCAGAAUGACAUUUUUUUAUCAAAGAAACUAAAAUUUUGACGAUUGUUAAUAGAAAAAACGUCGAUGUAUGUGAAUGCAUUCGAAGAAUGGAAAUUCUUUCACAAUGCAUGAAAAUUGACGCUAUCUGUAUAAAAUGUGCAUUCAAAGUCAGUGGAUAGAUAGUGGGCAAAUUAGAGGAUAUUUAAAAUUAUUUCCCACAUGUUUUUGUUGGCAUUUUCACUUUGGACUUUCGGUUAUACAAUCAACCUAAUUGUAAGGCCUUAAUAUGAGAUACAAAAUACAUUUUAUAGACAUUUUGAAAGAAUUUCAUGUGAUAUGUAUUCUCAUUAAUAAGACAAUAUUAACUUGAAUAAUUGCACUUCACAACUGCUAUAAAUAAUAAAAACAACUGAUGUACUCAAGACUCUUCUUUAAAUAAUUAUUCAUGUUUGUACCUUGGGGAUAAAACAAGUACAAUUUGUUAUACUUGUUUUGAAUGAAAUUUUAUUUUUAAUGACA